AUGCCAAAAAGAUUUGUACUACGGAAUGCAUUUUACUUGCCAGCGUUAUUUUUGGGUGGAGCAUCUUUAAGUCAUUAUUUUGCAUCAAAAGAAUUGGAUGAAAUAGAAAAAGAAGCUACAAAACCUAUUUUGGGAUUUUCAACUGGUUUGGUUAUAGGCUUAGUAAUAGGUAUUUGCAUAGGUACAAAUUAUUAUUACAUUUUUAAUAAAAUAUUUUCAUUUUUCGAUUACUUUAUGAAAGAUGAUUCAGAAGAAAAAAACGAUUAA